GUUUUUGCAUAACAAAUGAGAAUGUUCGUGUUUUGUUGUUCAGCUCCCGCCCAGCCGAAACUGACUCGGCAUUCAACUACGAGCAAGACGGACUUCGUGGUGGAAGUAGACAUAGCAGAAGGCCUCAUCUCUAAACUACUCGUCAAAUCCAACCGCCCCCUGACCUCUGACCCUGUGAGUGAGGAGGGCACCUUCACCCCAGUCAUCAACUUCGAGUCCACCGACUACGUCUUCUUCCCCUCCGACGCCUCCAUUGUAGCACCAACUGUGUUCAUGACAUUCGCUGACUUGCCCGACGACGGGACUCACCACAUAAUUCAGAUCUAUACAGUUUAUGACGGAACCAUAUCUGCAAACGAGACAGCAAAAGUUUCUGAAAUUGGCUACAAAUACAAAAAACCUGCUAGACUGAUGGGGUUGGCUGUGCACAACGCUGCCAUAGUGCUGGCAGUUAUCUGCAUAGUGGUCAUACUGCUCGUGGCCGCCGCCAUCUUCCUCCUCGUCCUCUUCCUCCUCAAGUACAAGGCAGCCAGUGCUGUUGGCACUGCAGCAGGUGCACAGUCGGCGACAGCCACUGGAAACGGAGGGGGCGAAGGGCGUGGCAACCUGUGGAAGGACCCAGGAGACGGGGUCGAGUGGACCAUCAACAAGACAUACGACCUGAGGACUGCAGAAAUCUUCAAGGCCAAACUGGGGGCCAAGUAAUGCGGCGGCGAACCACAACACAUCUCAACCGGAGAUGACUUGAACAAGCAGCAAAAAGAAACGAUCAACAUUUCAAUAAAUCAUCUUCAAAUCGGAAAAAAAUUAUACAAUAUUUGUGCGAAAUGGAUUAAAAAAAUGAAGCAUCUUUUCAGAAAAAGAUAUUUACCAAGAACAAUUCCAUUUAAUGUCUUUUGAUGGCGAGGAUAUUGUAAAUAUUUUAUAGGUUUGAGCAAAUUUUAAUGAAAAUCGAACGAUGCCAAUUUUUAAUGGAAACAUUAAACUAUUCUUGUUAUUGAAAAAAACUAUUAGGCAUGUAUGUUCGUUUUUCGGAACUUUCUAUAAAUUGUACAUA